AUGUUUCUGGUGUGGAUAAUUUGCGUUAAAUCCCCGGUCUCGCCCUGUGAAACACGUGCCCGACCCUCCCAGGACAUCGCCGAGGAGGCCAUGAGUGCCGAGCAGCUGAGAGCGUUGCACAAGAAGUUCGACCAGAACGGAGAUGGCAAGGUCUCCCUCACUGAGGUGCUGGAAUUCGCACGGCACAUGAGCAAAGCCAUCGCAGGAAAGGAUGUGGCCUCCAUCCUGGAGGAGAUCGACACCAACAAGGAUGGGAAGCUCUCCUUACAGGAGCAUCUCAACGACUUGCAUCAGCAGGCCGAUGGUGGGGAUGAAGAAGAGCUGAAAGAGCUGGAAAACAGAUGCUCGGCCGAUUGGGAUUUCAAGGACGUGGGGAUCCACAAGGGCCUCUUACAAGCAGCCGAGAAGGGCGAUGUCACCGCGCAAUCCCUUCUUGCCCAGGACUUCUUUUAUGGCGUCCAUGGCGUGAAGAAGGACCUCCACACCGGACUGCGGUGGGCCACGUUGGCGGCGGAUGCAGGUGAUCGAGAUGCUCAGGAGCUGCUGGCCACGGCCUUUGGUCGUGGACAUGAGGACCUCCAGAUCGAUGCCACUCGUGCGGUGGACUACGGUACCAAGGCGGCGCAGCAAGGCAGUGUGAAGUCCGCGGAGCUUCUGGGGAAGUGGCUCGGAUAUGCACCGCCUUGGCCAGGGAACAAAGACUCUUCGUCGCACUGGCACGUGGACAAAGUGCUGUUGGGAUUUGUUGGCUACUGGAUGAAAGACUACUCCGAGGCGAUCUAUUGGUACCAGAAGGUGGUGGCAGAGAUGUCCGACGUGAUCUCUGCCGAUCCGUCGCUGCCCUCGGCCGGGCGCAACAAAACCGUGGUGGCACGGGCCUUCAACAGCCUCGGAGUCCAAGAAGAUCGGUUUCGGACCCAAGAAGAUCCUGAAAGAUUCAGCUCGGCUCGCCCGGGUGAAGCGGCGAAGGCCAUGUAUGCUUCCGGUUGGGGCACUGAGAAGAAUCCACAUCGUGCCGUGGAGUACCUGGAACAAGCGCAUGCUCUCGGGCACCCGCAUGUGGUCCGCGACACCAUGAAGUUGAAGGACAAGGAUGGCGAUGGGCUCUUGAGCCCCAAGGAGUUUUGGGAGUUCGGCGAGGAGGACGGUGAAGAGCAGCUCUCAGAAGAAGAGAUGCAGGAUUUCCAGAAGCUGGACAAAGACAAGAACGGCAUGCUGAGCUUGGAAGAACUUAGAGCCUGGGAAUCGGGACUUUUCCACACUGAAGCCGCGAUGAUCAGGCUCAUCCAAAUCGCUGACAAAGACGGUGACAUGCAAGCCACAGCUCAGGAGCUCGAAGAUGCACGGGAGGAGUUGGCCAAUAGCCACUGGACACAGACAGAGAGAUAG